AUGCCAUUAAAAUUAGAUAAUGAAGGAGAAUUAAGAGAGGCUCAGGCUGCGACAUUCAAUAUAGAUUCAACAAGUGGAUGGGUCUUAUUGAAUUAUGUUGGUCCAUCAACUGUUCAUUUCUAUGCUGGUGGUGAUAAUUUCGAUGACAUCAAAAAACAAUUCGAAGAUGAUCAAAUUCAAUAUGGUCUGGUCAGAAUUGGUGGUAUUCAAGAAAAAGGAACAUUAAAAACCACCUCCAGAGAUAUUUUCUUUUGUUGGAUAGGCCCAGGUGUUGGAAUUAUCGAAAAAGGUAAAAAAACAGCUCUUUUGGGUGAUGCUCAAUCUUUUCUUCAACCGUUCCACGCAGAUAUUACCGUCCUCAAUAAAGAUAAGUUUGAUAGAGAAACAGUUUUAGAUAGAUCAAGCCCAUUAUCAGGAAGCCAUGUCAUUGAUUAA